GGCGCAGCAUCAUUUCAACGCAGCACCUUGAGAACACGCAACACAAAAUGGCUUUGCGAAUUUAACGCUCGACCGAGAAGAAUCGCUCACAGCACCGUCAGGAUAUAGGACGCUCAUUGUUUUUCUGAAAUAAUAAAGACCAAACACAAGAAACAAGCCUGGAAAUCAACGGCGGACAGUGGGGGGAAUUUGGGGACAGUCAUGGCGGGGGUGGGAGCCAGGGGGAGAAAGACGGGACUCCCGGGGUUCUGUUGGAAAACAUGCUAUUUCCACAUUCUCUUCUGGGUCGUGUCUGUUUGUGGAGAAGAGAGGACCUUCAUUGUUGAGACAUGGCUGAAGAACUAUGGCUACCUGCUCCCUCAUGACAUCCGGACAUCGGACCUGCGAUCGGAGAAAGCCAUGCAGUCGGCGGUCGCUGCCAUGCAGCGGUUUUACGGUAUUCCAGUGACGGGAGUGCUUGACCAAACCACCAUCGAGUGGAUGAGAAAACCUCGGUGUGGAGUCCCAGAUCACCCUCACAUCAGCCGACGGAGGAGAAAUAAACGCUAUGCCCUCACUGGCCAGAAAUGGAGGGAGAAAAAGAUCACAUACAGCAUCCAUAAUUUCACCCCCAAGGUGGGCGAGAAAGAUACCCAGAGGGCCAUUCGCCAGGCCUUCGACGUCUGGCAGACAGUGACCCCGUUGACCUUUCAGGAAGUGGCCUACUCUGAGAUCAAGAACGAGGGUAAAGAGGCGGACAUCAUGAUCUUCUUCGCCUCUGGUUUCCAUGGUGACAGUUCUCCUUUUGAUGGAGAGGGAGGUUUUUUAGCUCACGCAUAUUUCCCCGGUCCCGGAAUUGGCGGAGACACACACUUUGACUCUGAUGAGCCCUGGACCUUAGGAAAUGCCAAUCACGACGGCAAUGACCUUUUUCUGGUGGCCGUGCAUGAGUUGGGACACGCAUUGGGUCUGGAACAUUCAAACGACCCCAGCGCGAUCAUGGCACCCUUCUACCAGUACAUGGACACGCACAACUUCAAACUGCCUCUAGAUGACCUUCAGGGGAUCCAGAAAAUCUACGGUAUACCCACAGCCAUGCUGGAGCCCACCCGACCUCUUCCUACUCUACCUGCACGACGCACACACCCCACCUCUGAGAGGAAACACGACCGGCAUCGCCCCGCUCGCCCACCCUCUGGAGAUCGGCCGUCCUCUCCCGGUAAUGGAAAACCCAACAUCUGCGAUGGCAACUUCAACACUGUGGCCUUCUUUCGACGGGAGAUGUUUGUUUUUAAGGAUCGCUGGUUCUGGCGUUUGCGCAACAACAAAGUUCAAGAAGGCUAUCCCAUGUUGAUAGAGCAGUUCUGGAAGGGUCUACCUCCUCGCAUCGACGCUGCUUACGAGAGAUCAGAUGGCAAAUUUGUGUUCUUCAAAGGGGAUAAAUACUGGGUCUUCAAGGAGGUUACGGCAGAGCCCGGCUAUCCUCACAGCCUGGUAGAGCUGGGCAGCUGUCUGCCCCGCGAUGGCAUCGACACAGCCUUACGCUGGGAACCUGUGGGCAAAACCUACUUCUUUAAGGGCGACCAGUACUGGCGUUACAAUGAGGAGAAGCGUACAGCUGACCCAGGCUACCCCAAACCCAUCAGCGUCUGGAAAGGCAUCCCUGAUGCCCCACAAGGAGCCUUCAUCAGUCGAGAAGGAUUUUAUACCUACUUUUACAAAGGAAAGGAUUACUGGAAGUUCGAUAACCAGAAGUUAACGGUGGAGCCAGGCUACCCAAAAUCAAUCCUCAAAGACUGGAUGGGCUGCGAUCAAUCGGAAGUAGAAAAGAACAAGGACCGUCACCUCCCUCACGAUGACGUCGACAUCAUGGUCGCCAUUAACGACGUACCCAGCACUGUAAACGCAAUCGCUGUGGUCAUCCCGUGCAUCCUCUCACUGUGCAUUCUGGUCCUUGUAUAUACUAUCUUCCAGUUCAAGAACAAAAACGUCCAACAGCACGUGACCUACUACAAACACCCCGUGCAGGAGUGGGUAUGACGGACCGGGGGGCGCGAUGGACCCCAAACGCUUGAGAACAUAAGUGAGGGCUACUAUGCUGAGGUUUGACCAGUGCCUGUUAUCAGAACAACCUUGUCCCAGAACGGGAGCAAAAGACCAGGAAAGGGAGAGUCCUCUUCCUUCAACUUGAGAUAGAACUUUACAACAAAUAUUGCAAUUUUUUAGCAUGAGCCCAACGGACAAAAGGUUUGAAGUUGUGCCCUGGCCUUAUGCUAACCAGGUGAAGUCAUUUAACGGUCAAGGAACCAUCACUCCAGUUUGACCGAGACCAUCACUUUCUCUUCUCCAGGAGAGUUAGAGGAACCGCAGAUUUGCGAAACGCCAGCAAAUCCUUGUCUCGUACGCAACAGAAACUUGUACAUGAACUUCAAGUAUUAUCAAAGAAAUUAAACGAGCAAACGACAAAAAAAAAAGACUUGAAAUCCAUGUAGGUAGAAAGGCCAUAGAAAAGAAUACCAAGGAAUUCUUGCAGUCUUUUUUAUUUACGGGGUACUGGCACUCCUUGAAGACUUCACCGCGUUUUUAUUGGUGGUUAGGAGGCAUUUUCAAACAAAUUAGCUUCAUAACAUCAAUCUGAAUGUUUGUUUGCGUUUUUUUUUUCCUUUCCUCACCUGCCUACCAUUUCCGCAGAGUAGGAAGAACGAUUUAUAAUAACUAGGGCAGUCUUAACACCUCCUCCCACUCGCUACUGUACUCUAUUCCUUUGCUUCUUUUGGUGUUUUUAUCAGUCGGCAACAAAAGAGGAUCUCUUUUUGAUGGCAUUAGGUUUAUAGGAGAGUAAUUUCGUGUCAUAAUAGGCAAAAUUGGUCCUGAUUUCUUGCAAUCUCUAUGCUUAUAAGUCACAUUUCCAAACAUCUUGCACAGUCUCCUGUUAGGACCUUUUCACCAAGUGUGAUAUUUGAAACACUGGUGCCAGGCAGGAACAUGAACAAUGAACACAUCUAAAUACGAAAUAGCUUUGUUACCGUUGCCUACAGGAGAUGAUCUCUCAGCGGUUCAUCCGUCCUCUUCGAAUGAACGUAAUAUGCUGUAUGUCUUACGUUGAAGUGACUUCAAUUCCAUGUGUUCGGUGUGGAUUGUCUAACACUUAGCUCAAAAAUGUCUGUCGGGUGCUUUUAUUGGUUCGACUGUGCUAUUUAACGGUGAAGUGUGUCUGACUGUACCAUAUUAACACAUCUCUUUGUGCUCAUCUGCUGUGGGAAUGGAUCUGACACAUUGCACAUUGGAAGGAGCCGAGAUGUAAUUGAUGUUUUCAGAAUUUCGAAUGGAACUUUUUUGGAUUAACCUGAAAAGGCGUAUAUAUAUAUAUUAAAAAAGGUUUGUAGCAUCUUAAUCACAAUAUUAAGAUGGUAGAUUUGGCGAGACUCCCUAUAAGGCUUCACUUAACACACGGUUCAUCAUCUGAUGUUGAGGUUUCACUAUGUUUUUGCCUUAACACAUUUAGGUUGCAUGUUCUAAAAUCCAUUUCGUUUUUCUCUGCGAGCAUUUUUAGCUACAAAAAGCCAUUUUGGUUUAUUCCGCAGAGAAUCGUGUACAUAUUGUAUUCACAGUUCAAAGGAGCAUGGAUCUGCAACAGAUACUACCUGGCAUCUACUUUUAGGUUUCUAAUGUGUCUCCACCAAUGGUUUGAGCAUCUGUUCAAGCUUUACCAUAUUUUUACACUGAGCGGCUUCAUUGGCAUGGUGUUUGUGACGUGACGUCACUUCUGUAGUUGCCAUAUGUACAUCUGACCAUUUGGAGAUCAUAAUUUUGUUAAUACAUUCAACCAACUUGAAUGUUUUCUGAAUAGUCCUGAAUCGUCUAUUAAAGGUUUUGUGGGCGUGAGAAUUUUUUUCUAUAAACCCUUGUCUUCCAAAGUAACAUUUCACCCUUUUUGUGUGUUUGUGUGGUCUUCUUAAAGCUUUUGGGCCUUCUUUAAAGGGGAUCCAUCACGUAACCACUGAUUUGAAAGACAAAACAGAGCAAACUAUCAGUGCAAUCAUGCAACUAUGAACUUUAAUGCGAGUAGCAAAAACGAUUUUUGAGAUCUUAAUGAUUUAAGACGAUUUUGUUGUACAAACUCGCAAUCAUUUUUUCACAUGCAAAACUUUACGCCCACUUUAAAUGACUUGUAUGGAAGGCUGGUUUUGCCUCAGAGUAAAAAACUAAGUUAAUUGCGACAUAUCUCACAUUUGUAAAGCUAUUUCACGCAUUUCCAACUUUGUAGCUCCCAUUUGUGGCUUCAGAAUUUACAAAGUAACUUUAUGUCUUACAAAGUGAUCCCUCAAAAUGUGAAUUUUGAAUUAAAUCUCGCAAUUUGUUUUUUUACUCUAAGGGAGAAACAGGCUUCCAGACUAGUGGCAACUAAUUCAGUCACAAAAAAGUACUGUGGCACCAUGAAACAAUGAUAGUAUCAAGUGUAUUUGAUAUGUCACUGAACGAUUAUCCAUAUUUGCAUGGUACUUCACGCCCAGAAGACCACUGUAUUACCAUUGUACUUUUUGGUUAGAAGAAUGCUUGGUGUGAUGAUGCUUUUUGACAUUGAUUUGCAUUGACUAUGGAAUGUUUUACUACACGGUGGAACGAUGUAUAAUUAGCAUGGUCGGAUUAGCUCAAUGCAGUAGUACUGUGAAGGGGUUACGUGACUGUACCCCUUUAAGACAUUGUGCCUUGUCUUUAAGUCCGCUAUGGCACACUGAACACUGCUCAUUUACAUUGAUUUCCACCUCAUUUCAACAGUGGAUACAUGAUACAUGAAUACAUCCCUUGAUAUAUCAUUCAAUGCCUUUACUAAACACGUUACUGUUUAUUUUUGUUGCCCUCCUUCCCAUAUAGCAUUUUUUGGAUCUGUUGUGUGAGCAGCUUGGUCGUGGGUAGAGAAGUGGCAUGAAACUAGAGCAGAUUUUACAUGUUUGUGCCCACUUGGGAAAGACUCGAUGUUAUUGUCUCUCAGAUAAGCAUUUUUAUUAGUCAGCUCCGAAUCUAACAAGCAACAUGGCUGUGAAGUGAUCUAAUGUCUCGGGUACAGGAAGUACCGGGUGGGAGUACUUUUAAUGGAACACACUGUGCAUCACCAAUUGUCUUCCUCAACUUGAAAUCUGUCCGAUGAGCUGUUGUUGGUACAAAAGACGACAAACCACUUGCUGUAAUAAGCCAUGGACUGAAUUUGACAAUGUGGCACAAUAGUGUGUUCCAUACUUAAAGAGGUUUUAAGUGUUUACUAUGUAUGUCUGACAUCUUAUAUAGCAAAUGCUUGGAGUGUUAAAGUAUAUUCUUUAUCUAUAUGAGGGAGGCUUGUGAUGGAAGAAAACUCGUGGCAAUGGUGUACAAGUACUCUUAACUAGAUUGGGAUAAAAGCGUUUAAAAUUUAUUUACAGAAUAAUGGAUAAACUCAAGGAAAAUUUACACAUGGUCACAUCAUGCAUCAAGGUGUUUCUGCAAAAUGCAUAUAAUUUAAAAUAUAACCCUACUCCCGAACUAUAUGCAAACACAACAUUGUUUACUUCCAUACGUUUCUGUACAAUAUAUUUGCCCGGUUUGGCAAACGAACAUUAUGUGGAUUGCAAAUGCAAUCCCAAACAUCAAACGAACCAUGCCUCUUUACACUUUUCAUGCAUUACAAAAAAUGCAUGAUGUGACCAUUAUUUUUACUUUAAAUCUGCACUAUUAUCACUUAAAGAUUAGUUUGUGAAAAAACAGUACCAUGCCAUUUCAUGAGGAGUUUUCAAGCUAGCAGAGCACUGCGCAAGCCAGUAUUAUGUGUAUAUAUUAACACACUGAACAUUCAGCAGUGUCUAAGGUGAAAUGUUUAUCAGAACUAAAGUGUAUUUAUCAAAGGUGGAUAUCUUUAGAAAUGUUUGUCGUAGGGUCAAGUGAAAGGUUUGUAACGAUAGAGGUUUAUCGUAUGAAAAGCUAUUUAUUUAUCAUUAAUGGAGACAUAAGGGUAUUCUACACAGUUUAAUUUGAAAUCAAGGUGAAGCCAUGCCUAUAACCACAUUAGUUGCACAGAAAAUAAAUAAUAAUGAAAAAAAAAAUACUGAACUGUACAGGGAGAUACGUAAAUAGGAAUUCUCUGGUAAUUUGCCUCUUUUUAAUGGGUAUGAUCGUGGCUUUGGACAACAGUCACUUUUAACCCGAGCUGCUGUUGCCUUUUGUUUUUUAUGGUCCUUUUAUGAGACUAACAAUAGGACAAACAUAUCAGAGGUAGUCGAGGAACCAACUGUAUUUACGCUUUUUAAUUACAGAGGGUUAAUUUGAAUGGAGAUUUUAUCUGAGAUAGCUUUAAAGACUUUUGGUUUGUUUUUUAUUAUUAUUUUUAUUUUUCUUGACUGACCGUGGGGGAAUUUCAACUGUAUUCGUGUAUAUAACUGGUUCUUUUUCCCUUUGACCAGAAUUUAAGAGUGAAUGUCUUUCACUCUGCCGUUUAAAUAAAUUCAGACUCUGUCCGUGGAAUUUUGAUAUUUUCUGAUUUACAGGUCAAAUGUCGCUGUCUGCUCAGCCUCGUCCAGGUUUUAAUGGUCAUGUAAAUACAAAGAUUUGCUGAAUCUUUUCAGACCUUUUGUAUUUUUCUUUCACUCUAACGGUAGCCUAUGAGUUCACAUUGUCAUGCAUAAUGUUGAUUAUUAAGAAUGAGAGUGAUCUUAACGGAUUGAUUUACUAAUAGGUAUGAUUUAAGUUUUAUUUCCUAAAUCCUGUUUUUAAUUCUAUAAACAAUGAGUCGUUUUUAUUUCGGUUUUCAGUCUACAGUUUUACACUGUGUAUCUAAUAUCACCAUGUUCAAAGAAAUGUCAAUAAAAUAAAACUACAGA